AUGGUUCUGUGGUGGUAUCAAGGAAGACCUCCCAAGGAGGUGCCUUUGGGACUAAAGGGCGACUACAUCUCCCAGCAUCGCUCGCUCAGGCCGCGGGAAGGGGAAAAAAAAAGUUUGGGCCAAGCAUUCCCGGAAUGCGAUGCGCUACCGCUGCUCAGGAAAACCUUCUCCCGCCUUCGGGGCCGGGAGAAACUUCCCCGGAAAAAGUCCGACGCGAAGGAGCGCGGCCGCCCAGCCCAGCACCUGGAGCCCAGCACUACAGAGCCAGAGCCCCAGGCCCCUGAAAGAGCCCAGGCUGGAGCAGAGGGGCCCCCCAGCCCUGAGGCAUCUCGCAGUCCUGCACGGGGGGCCUACCUGCAGAGCCUGGAGCCCAGCAGCCGAAGAUGGGUGCUGGGUGGGGCCAAGCAACCAGAGGAGGCCACUUUGGGGCCUGGGGGACCUGGCAGCGGGGAGCCCGCUGGCGAGAUCUGGUACAACCCCAUCCCUGAGGAGGACCCCAGACCCCUGGCACCUGAGCCCCCAGAGCCACAGCCAGGUUUGGCUGAGCCAGAGGGCCCAGCCCUGCAAGGUGUGGCCCCUGCCAGCCCCCCAACCAAAGCCUCACGCACCAAGUCCCCGGGCCCUGCCAGGCGCCUCUCCAUGAAAAUGAAGAAGCUGCCAGAGCUACGGCGCCGCCUGAGCCUGCGGGGCACCCGGGCUGGCCGGGACCGCGAGAGGGCUGCCCCCGAGGGCUCCGUCAUCAGCCGUUAUCACCUGGACAGCAGCGUGGGUACCUCUGGGCGGGCAGCCAUGGCUGGGAGCUCGAGGGGCCCUCGGGCUGGGUACCUCAGUGAUGGUGACUCACCAGAACGCCCAGCGUGUCCCCCGUCACCCACUGCCUUCCGGCCCUACGAGGUGGGCUCAUCUGCCCGGGCACCUCCCGCCGCACUGUGGGGCCGCCUCAGCCUGCAUCUGUACGGGCUGGGGGGGCUGCGGCCAGCACCUGGGGCUACCCCAAGAGACCUCUGCUGCCUGCUGCAGGUGGAUGGGGUGGCCCAGGCCCGCACAGGGCCGCUGCGCGGGGGGCCGGACUUCCUGCGACUGGACCACACCUUCCACCUGGAACUCGAGGCUGCCCGGCUACUGCGGGCCCUCGUGCUGGCAUGGGAUCCCGGCGUGCGUCGGCACCGGCCCUGUGCCCAGGGCAUUGUGCUGCUGCCCACGGUUUUCCGAGGGUGCCAGGCCCAGCAGCUGGCUGUGCACCUAGAGCCUCAGGGGCUGUUGUAUGCCAAGCUGACCCUGUCAGAGCAGCAGGAAGCACCGGACACAGCUGAACCCCGCGUCUUCGGGCUGCCCUUGCCACUGCUGGUGGAACGGGAACAGCCCCCAGGCCAGGUGCCCCUCAUCAUCCAGAAGUGUGUUGGGCAGAUCGAGCGCCGAGGGCUGAGGGUAGUGGGGCUAUACCGCCUGUGCGGCUCCGCAGCCGUGAAGAAAGAGCUUCGAGAUGCCUUUGAACGAGACAGUGCAGCUGUGUGCCUCUCUGAGGACCUGUACCCGGAUAUCAAUGUGAUCACUGGCAUCCUCAAGGAUUAUCUUCGGGAGUUGCCCACCCCACUCAUCACCCAGCCCCUCUAUCAAGUAGUGCUGGAGGCCAUGGCCCAAGGGCCCCCAAGCAGGGUUCCCCCCAGCGCUGACGGUACCCGUGGGCUCCUCAGCUGCCUACCGGAUGUGGAGAGGGCCACUCUGACGCUUCUCCUGGACCACCUGCGCCUGGUCUCUUCAUUCCAUGCCCACAACCGCAUGACCGCGCAGAACUUGGCUGUAUGCUUCGGUCCCGUGCUGCUGCCGGCGCGCCAGGCCCCCACCAGGCCCUGCAACCGCAGCUCUGGCCCAGGACUUGCCAACGCAGUGGAUUUCAAGCGCCACAUUGAGGUGCUGCAUUACCUGCUGCAGGCCUGGCCAGAUCCCAGCAGGUCCCCAGAGGCUCCGGACCUCGCCCCGUACCUGCGACCCAAACGACAGCCUUCGCUGCACUUGCCACUGGCGGGCCCGGAAGUGGUGACUCGGCCCCGCGGCCGGGGAGGUCCCGAGAGCCCUCCGAGCAACCGCUAUGCCGGCGACUGGAGCGUUUGCGGGAGGGACUUCCUGCCCUGUGGGCGGGACUUUCUGUCCGGGCCGGACUACGACCAUGUGACGGGCAGCGACAGCGACGAGGACGAGGAAGCCGGCGAGCGGAGGGGCGCCGCUGACUUCGAGGACGACUUCGAGGCGCCUUUCAACCCGCACCUGAACCUCAAAGACUUUGACGCCCUCAUUCUGGACCUAGAGAGAGAGCUGUCCAAACAGAUCAACGUGUGCCUCUGAGCCGGGCAGGGCGAGACCCCAGUUAAGGGCUGUGCUCUUGGUUGCUAAGCCAGUGCCCUCAUGACCGGCCUAGCUCCUUGUUGUGGGGGAGUCGCCUGGCGAGCAGCCCCCCGCCCCCGCCCGAUGUUGUGAAUCAUUUGUUUCCAGUGCUAAAUAUUUGGGCACUGGUUCCCAAGGCCAGUGACUGGGGAUUUUGGGGACCAAUUGUUGCGGCCAUUUUUUCUGAGUACCAUGGGCCUCUCCCGCUUGCUGGGCUGGUCUCUCUUGCCUCCCCUUGGCCAGGACACACCAGUUACUGUGUGCAUCAGCCCAGAUUGGUGACACACCCCGUCAGUCCUCUUGCUGCUGCCAACCAAAUCAGUAUUAGCUUUCAUAAGCAGUGCACUCCGCUUUUCCUUCAGAGGGCCCUAGGACUAUCAGGAGGUGCUGUAUGGGGCAGCCCCUAUCCUGUGCUCCAGCUGAAUGAGGACAGCCUCAGGCUUAUAGAAAAAGAGCUGGGUUCUCCACCUUCUUUUCCAGGGAAAAUCCCACAAUUGCCUCAAACCAGCUAACAGAUAUAGCAGAGUCUGGCCCUUCCCCUUCCCAAUUCUUCCCGUCCUUGAAAAAAAAUGAGCACUUAUAAGUCCUCCCUUUUGGAGAGGCCCCACCUGAAGUGUCAGGCUGGGGGCACUUUGGUACGGAAUAUAUUUAUUGCGUGCGUGCGUGUGUGUGUGUACAGGUGUGCAUGGACACAUCUGGAGUUGGCAUGUGGGGCUCUUUCAGGGACCAUGGAGCAGGAAAAGGGUUCACAAUGCCAAGGACUCUGAACUCCCUAGUAGUGGUGCCUCAGUGGGUCCCAGAGUUCCAGUGGGAGAGUAAGGUCCCCUCCUGUCUCUCGGCUCUUUCCUUCAUUUCCAUCUUUGUGGACAAUAAAUCAAUAUGCACAGGU